AGAAAGGAUCUCCAAAACUUAAUAGAUGAGAUGUUGUAGGGCCAUUUUCUUGAUUUUGUGUGGUCCUAACUUGUGAAGGGAGUGAAACUCCAAAACAAGAAUGCUACAAUGUCAAACUAGAAUUAAAUGAAGAGUGGUUAGCCUGAAUAUUCAUACCCUUAAGUUGUGCAUUUGGAGUUCAUAAUACGCAAACUUUCUUUUCUUUCAAUAUGAAAGGUAGUCAGUCUCUCACCUAACCUUAUAAUAUUCAACAUUGAGGAGAAUAAGAUCAUAGCAACAGUGCUGCAGUCAACAACAGGCUUAUGUUUUUGUUGUCCCAGUUACUGUUUUAUCUAUGACUUAGUUUGCUAAGAAUUAAGAAUUCUCACUCACAAAAAACUAUUCAUCAAAAUUAAUUGUCUUAGUUGCUUUCUAUUCUGCAAUUGUAUUAAUUUUCUUUGCAGCAACUUCAUAGACAGUUCAACGAAAUUUCCUUUUAACUAUUGACCUGUUCCAAACUAGAAGAUACAAAGCAGAUUGCCUACGUCUGCAACUCUAUAUAACAACCAAUUGCCACUAAGAAAGAGUAAGCAACAAUGAAAAUUACAAUACUUUCAUUGUUUUCCUUCCUUCUUUACUUCUACUACAUAUAUAUCAGUUUCCAGAUCACUUUUAUCUCUGCCCUAUGUCAUGAGCAUCAACAAUCAACGCUACUCCAGUUAAAAAGCAGUCUCACGUUCAAGCCAGAAAGAUCAAGCAAACUGAAGUUGUGGAAUCAAAGCAUUGCAUGCUGCAAUUGGAGUGGUGUAACUUGUGACACUGAAGGAAAUGUUAUUGGCCUUGACCUGAGUGGAGAAUAUAUCUCCGGUGGAUUUGACAAUUCGAGCCGUCUUUUUGGUCUUCAACAUCUCCGGAAACUGAACUUAGCUUAUAACAAUUUCAAUUCUCUCAUUCCAUCAGGGUUCAGCAAGUUGGACAAGUUGACAUAUCUGAAUUUUUCAUAUGCUAGCUUUUUGGGGCAGAUUCCAUUUGAGAUUUCACAGCUUACAAGGUUGGUUACUCUUGACGUUUCUUCUUCUAGCUAUUUAACGGGACAAUGGCUGAAACUAAAGAAACCAAAUUUUGAGAAGUUUGUUCAAAAUCUGACUAGUCUUAGGCAACUGUAUCUAGAUGGUGUAAUAAUACAAGCUCGGGGAGAGGAAUGGAGCAAUGCUUUGUCGUCGUUGAAUGACCUGCAAGAGUUGAGUAUGUCUUACUGUGAUUUAUCAGGACCCCUUGAUUCUUCUCUAACAAAACUAGAGAAUCUAUCCGUGAUUAUUCUUGAUGGGAACAAUUUUUCAUCUCAAGUGCCAGAAACAUUUGCAAACUUUAAAAACUUGACCACCCUCAGUCUUGCAUUUUGUGGAUUGAUCGGUACAUUUCCAGCGAGGAUAUUUCAAAUGGGAAAGUUGUCUUUUAUUGACUUAUCCUUCAACUACAAUCUUGAUGGUUCAUUUCCAGAAUUCUCAUUGAAUGGAUCUAUCCAGACUUUAAGGGUAAGUAACACAAGCUUUUCUGGAGAAAUUCCACACGCCUUUGGUAACUUGAGGCACUUAUCUGAAUUGGAUAUUUCUAUUUGUCAAUUUAAUGGAACACUUCCCAAUUCACUGUCAAACCUUACAGAACUUAGAUACAUUGAUUUGUCACUUAACAGCUUCACAGGUCUAAUGCCAUCAUUUGGCAGGGCAAAAAACCUUACACACCUAGACCUUUCUCAUAAUGGUUUAAGUUGUGAAAUUCCAACAUCUUCUCACUUUGAAGAACUGCACAAUCUUGUCACCAUUGACUUGCAUGAUAAUUCUAUCAGUGGGAGCGUUCCUUCAUCUCUUCUUGCACUUCCAUUACUGGAGAAGAUUCUCCUUUCGUUAAACAAAUUUAGUAAAUUUGACGUAUACAUAAAUGUGUCUUCCUCUGUGAUUAAAACCCUUGAUUUAAGUAGCAAUAGUCUAUCAGGGCCUUUUCCAACGGCUAUCUUUCAGCUCCGUUCACUUUCUGUCCUCGAUCUUUCUUUUAACAAGCUAAACGGGUCAUUACAGUUAGAUGAGCUCUCGGAGCUUAAAAACUUAACUGCACUAGACCUCUCAUACAACAACAUAUCAAUCAAUUUGAAUGUUGCAAAUGAUGAUCAUACUUCCUUUCCCUUUCUUAGCAGCCUAUACUUGGCAUCCUGCAACUUGAAGACCUUCCCGAGUUUCUUGAGAAACAGAUCGUUGAUGAACAUUCUAGACCUUUCACACAAUCAAAUUCACGGAAAAAUUCCCAACUGGAUCUGGAAGCUACAAAAUCUCCAAAGUCUUAAUCUUUCUCACAAUAUGCUAACUGAUUUGGAGGGACCUUUGCAAAACCUCACUUCCAACUUGAUAUUCCUUGACCUUCAUAACAACAAACUGCAGGGACCAAUACCUGUUUUUCCUAGAUAUGCUUCCUAUUUGGAUUACUCGAUGAACAAAUUUGGCUCUAAUAUCCCAGAAGAUAUUGGUAAUUUUAUGUUUUACACAAUGUUUCUCUCGCUUUCAAAUAAUACUUUACAUGGGAGUAUCCCUAACUCAAUCUGCAAUGCUACAAAUCUUCAAGUACUUGAUAUUUCCAUUAAUAGCAUUUCAGGAACGAUUCCCUUAUGUCUAAUGGCAAUGACUGAAACCCUUGUGGUAUUAAAUCUGGGGAAGAACAAUCUCAUUGGCACUAUCACAGAUGUGUUUCCCUCUUCUUGUGUUUUAAGGACUCUUGAUCUCCAAAAGAAUAACUUAGAUGGUCAGAUUCCAAAAACUCUUUCAAAAUGCUCGACACUAGAAGUGUUAGACCUUGAUAUAAACAACUUCAUUGACACAUUUCCAUGCUUUCUGAAGAACAUAUCCACACUUCGUGUCCUAGUCUUGAGCAAAAACAAAUUCUACGGACCCAUCGAAUGCCCACCAACCAAUGGCAUUUGGCAUAUGCUUCAAAUACUUGAUCUAUCCUUUAAUAACUUCAAUGGUAAGCUACCUGAAAAGUACUUUACUAGAUGGGAGGCAAUGAUGUACGAUGAAAACAAAGUUGAAUCUGAGGUAAAACAUGUCCAAUAUCAGGUUCUUCCACAAAAAUAUUAUCAGGAUAGUGUGACAGUUACAGGAAAAGGCCAACAACUUGAGUUAGUUAAAAUUCUGUCAAUCUUCACAACCAUUGAUUUAUCAUCCAAUCUUUUUGAAGGACCAAUACCAAAGGUGCUAAUGGAUUUCAAAGCACUUUAUAUUCUCAACUUUUCAAACAAUCGUCUCUCAGGUGAAAUUCCAUAUUCUAUAGGCAACUUGAAACAAUUAGAGUCCUUAGACCUCUCAAACAACUCUUUGAUUGGCACAAUUCCUGUGCAGCUGGAAAACUUGUCUUUCCUUUCUUAUCUAAACCUUUCCUUCAAUCAUUUGCGAGGGAAGAUCCCAACAGGUACUCAACUUCAGUCAUUUUCAGCUUCUUCAUUUGAAGGAAAUGAUGGACUAUAUGGACCUCCAUUGACUAAAAUACCAGAAGAUAAGAGGCAGCUGCAUCCUGAACUUGAAUGUGGGAGGCUAGCAUGUUCAGUAGACUGGAAUUAUUUAAGUGUAGAAUUGGGAUCUGUUUUUGGUCUCGGCGUUUUCAUUGGUCCUCUCAUGUUUUGGAAGAAGUGGAGGAUAAGGUAUUAGAAACUUGUGGAUAAAAUUCUUUGCUGGAUCUUUUCAAGGAUGUAUCUUGAAUAUGUAACCCGUAGAGGACAAACAUACAUAGUUUUAAGGUGGCAUUAGUGACUAGUGAGUGUGCUAAUCAGCAAAGCAGUAUUUUCUAUUUUCAACAAUGUUGUUAUUUUAAGUGUAGCACUUGGAUUUGUUUUUUUUUU